CAAUCAGAUAAAGUGAAGGCAUAUUUGAAAAAGACCGUCAUGAGAGGGAGAGCAUCAGUGAGAGAGCGAGUGCCGGAGAGGGCGAUCGGCAGCAGAGAACGAGGACAGUGGACAUCACAGCGAUAUGAGGGGUUUCAACGUGAGAGCAGGAACCAGCCAAGAGAGUUCUAUGGGGGUUUUGAGAAAAGGAUCUACAACAAAGCAAUCCCUUUCUUUUUCACAAAUUUCCCAGAUGAAUGGUCUUUUGAACAGAUGUGGAGAACUUUCAACAGAUUGGGAGAGGGCAGGGUGAUAGAAAUUGAAUGCCCCAAAAAGAGAGACUGCUUAGGGAGAAGAUUUGGUUUCGUCAGGUUUUUGGAGGUGAAAGACGCUAGACAACUGGAGAGGAAGCUAAACCAAAUUCAGAUCGGGGGGUUCAAUCUUCAAGCUAACAAACCCCGUUUUGAGAAGUCUGGAUACCAGAACCACCAACAAAGAAAUAUGGGAAAGAGGAGGCCGAAUGUGGCCACGUCUAAUGCAGGGACUAAAAGGAAUCUGACUUAUGCAGAGGUAGUCAAAGGAAACAAUGCAGAUUAUCAAAGUAUGGGACUCAAUGAGGGACAAUACCACGGUGCAAACAUCAGAGAGCAAAGCAAAAGGCUCAAAGCGAAUGGUCAAACGAAGUGGAGAUGGACACCAAAACAGCAACCUCAAGCUUGGUCAGGAAUGGAGUUUAAUGUGAAGCAAAAUGAAGCAAUGGGUGGUAGGUUGGUCUUGAUGGAAGGACAUGAUUAUGAAGAUUUGAAAGACCUUAUUGAAACUGGCCAAGAGUGGCUAGGACAAUGGUUUGAGGAAAUCAAACCAUGGAAUCCGACGAUAGUCGCAGCGGAAAGGUUUGCAUGGAUUAGUACCAGUGGGAAAAUACGUCUUGAUGCCGCAAGAUUUCUUAUAGCAACACCGUUGUCGGAAUUCAUCUCAAAGUCCUUAACCAUAAAGAUAAAUGGGGUCCUGUACAAGAUACCUCCAAAACUGAGGGCCGUACCUUCGUCUUUCUCCUCUCCUUGGAAUUUUGCUUUACUCUUUUGCUGGCCUUUGGGCAGCUGAGUUUACAAAGAGUAGAUUGAUACCACAAAUUCACUUGCUUUUGCCCUGUAAUUAUACUUCAACAUACAGCUUUUUAUUCUGGGUUUGCUUCAGUUUCUGCAAUUUGCAAUGGUGGAGUAUAUCUAUUUCCUCAACAAGGAUACUGUAAUUACCAAGCCUCCUAAGAAAUCUCCAUUGUUUUUAAGGACUGUAGUUGUAUUAUUUGCAAUGGUGUGUGGUGUCUGUAUCUGCUUGAUCUGUUUAAGGCAGAUAGGGUCUAUAACUGUGAUUAAAUUUCAAGACAUCCAAAUUACUGAGAAGUCUUCUCAAGAUAGUCACAUUGGAGAACCAGAAAGGCAAAUUCCUCACCUGCAUUACCCUAUACCCAAAACUUUUAGCAGGGGUGAGUGUGAGCAUAAUCCAGUGCGAUUCUUUGCCAUACUGUCAACGCAGAGAUCAGGGAGUGGAUGGUUUGAGACAUUGUUAAAUAGUCAUGUGAAUAUAAGUUCAAAUGGAGAGAUAUUCUCUGUGAUGGGUAGGAGGGAGAAUAUUUCGACAAUUAUAGAGACUUUAGACAAAGUUUACAAUUUAGACUGGUUUACUAGUGCUUCCAAGAAUGAAUGCUCUGCUGCAGUUGGCUUCAAGUGGAUGUUCAAUCAGGUAAACAAUGUUUUUGAAUUAAGACCUGUGAAUUGU